CCCCUCCCUCCGGCGAACGCCCGGGCAUGGGGGCAGUUCACAGCCACGUGAUUGCAUCGCGAUCGCUGCCGCAGUGACAUAAUGACGUCUCUGCGCCCUCGCAAGUAGCAUAAGACGGCUUCUUAGAAGUUACCUUAGCUGCAGGAAUUAGGAUAACGCGAUGCAGCUCGCCCACCCUGGCCUAAGGUCCGAAGUUCCUAGUGCCGCACAGGCACGGGUUUCUAAGGCAUAAUUACCAACUCCUUACUGUACUAGCGAUCAGCUUGCUUCUAUGAUUCUGAAUUUGACGGCGCUGCUCGAUUGAACACCGGCGCCUGGGAAACCGGCACACGUGCUCGGUGUGUGUCAACCGAUUAAGAUGGAUUCGUCGCUCCAUAGCGGGGUCAAGUUUGCGAAGGCGUCGGUCGUCCCAGUUGACACGGGCGACUUCAACGAAGGCGCCGACAAGUCGGUGCGGGGAGACCGCUCCUUUCGUCAGCUACGAAUCAGCACGGUUGUGGAUGUCGCGACGCCGGAGGACCUUGAUGGCAUGGCGCGGACGAAAAGUGGGAUGGGUGACGGCUCCACGAAGGGAGGCAAGCAGUACAACCGGCUUGCGGCGCAGUUUGCCGCGAAGUCGAUGCGCCGCCCGUCAUUUGCGAAAUCGCCAUCGCUUAAAGGCUUGGAAGACGAGCUGGGCAAGGAUGAGGACGAGGGUGGGGAGGGCGCGGAGGCGGGUCCGUGGGGGAUUCUGCGCAAGGACCAGCAACAGCAGACGCUGUGGUACCAAUUCAAGGCACGCUGCCAGAAGAUCAACCAGGCCAUGGUCAUCAAGCCUGGCAUGCGCUGGUACCAGAACUGGUUCUACGCCACGGUGGUGGUGGCGUUGUUCAGCGGCUGGGUGCUGCCCUUCCACUUCGCAUUCAUGGAGCCCGGCGCCCUGCUCUACCCCUACUCGGACCUGUUCGGCAUUGUGGAGUUCUUGGGCACAGCGGUGUUCACCGCUGACUUCGUGAUGAAGUUCCUGGUCGCCUUCAUUGACCCCAACGACGGCGCGUUGGUCACCUCUCGCGCACGCAUCGCAAAGCACUACGCCAAGAGCUGGAAGUUCUACUUUGACGUCCUGGGCUGGUUCCCGCUGGACUGGAUUGUCACGGAGCCGCUGGCGGCGGCUGGUGCCAGCGACCACGUCCUGCGCGGUCUGGCUUGGCUCAAGCUGCUGCACCUGGCCCGGCUGUACCGGGUUUUCGAGUUGUUUGCGGACCUGGAUUACCGCAUGGUGCUGAGCCAAGGCACGCUCAUGAUCACGCGCAACUACACCUACGUAUUCUUCUGCACGCACUGGGCCGCCUGCAUGCUGUACGAGAUUGCGUCGCUUCAGAGCUUCUCGGCCAGCUCUUGGGUGGGCCGCAACGCCGAGCGGCUGGAGAACCGGUCCGUUGCAGAGAAGUACCUUCUGUCGCUGUACUUCAGCGUCAGCGCCUUCACGGGCCUAGGCGAUGGCUCCCUCUACGCCGGGUCUGUGCCAGAGGCAGCCUUCAUGAUCCUCUACCUGCUGUUCAACCUGUUUCUGGGCGCCUACAUUCUGGGCACGGUCACCAUGCUGGUGGUGAAGGGCGACGAGCGCAGCAAGCAGUUCCGCGACCGUAUGACAACCCUGAACGAGUUCAGCAACAACAACGAGAUUCCAGAGAAACUCCAAAGCGCCAUGCAAGAGCACUUGGAGGUGACGUUCCACUCGGAGCAGGUCGACGAUGAGAACGUGCUGGGGAUCUACCCCACCACCAUCCGCCGCAAGGUGCUUCGCCACCUGUACCUGCAACCGGUCAAGGGCUGCUACCUGUUCAAGGGCUGCAAGCAGAGGUUCCUGGACGCCUUCCUCACAGCCGCGCGAGUGGAGCUGUUCAUGCCGGGAGUGCAGCUUCUGAACGAGGGCGACAACGUGACCGAACUUAACAUUGUGGUGUCUGGCGAGGUGCUGGUGUCGGAGGCUGGCAUCAACCUGGCCGCCGCCUUCCAGCAGUUCAAGAGUGGCGCCAGCAACAGCAAGCACGGCGGCGACGGCAAGGACGGCUCCGCGCACAGCCGCCGCAGCGACGGCUCUGCUGCCAGUCACACCGGCAGCAUGGGGGGCGGCCGCACCAUGAGUGGCACCAGCAUGAAGAGCGCCAUGGACUUCUCGGUGCACAGCAACUUCCUGGAGCUGGCCCGCAACAAGCAGGUCACGGCAAGGUACAGCAGCGAGGCCCUGGCGGAGGUGCCCUUCUUCACAGAUGUGCCCUCAAACGAGACGGUAAUGUCGCAGAGCGUGGUGCGCGUGCUGAGCUUGCCCAAGGCCGCCUGGGAGUCGCUCAUGCAGCAGUUUCCGCAGCAGGCGCGCCUGGUGCUGACCAACAUGCAGAACCACACGGAUCAGGAGCUGGAGUCGGAGCUCAAAGAGCUGUCAGAGGGUGCCGGCAUGCGGCUGGAGGCCCUGCGGACGGCACUGCGGGGCAUCCGCGACAAGCAAGGCAUUGAGAAGGUCGACCCCAAACUGGUGGAGCAGGCCCAAGAGGCCCUUACGCAAGGACAGAUCGACCACCUCACGCGGCUUGAUGAUGUGCGCUCUUUGGCGCGCUCUCACGUGCGCAAGGUCGACCAGGUCCGCACCUUUGACUUCCUGGGGGCUGCGUCUGACGGUGACCUAGAGACCCUGCGCUCCAUGCUGAGUCAAGGCAUGAGCCCCAACGCGGCGGACUAUGACGGCCGCACCGGCCUCAUGCUUGCAGCCGUGGGCGGUCACGAGGCUGUGGUGCGCCUGCUGUUGGACAGCGGCGCCAAGAGCGACCAGCUCGACGCCUUCGGUAACAGCGCCAUGGCCGAGGCGGUCAAGAACUCGCACGACGACGUGAUCAACCUGCUGCUCAGCUACGGCGGCACUCUGGGCAUGGACGAGAUGGCAGUGGCCAGCACCAUGUGCACCGCCGUGUUCGAGGGUGACCUCGUUAAGCUCAAGCGCCUGCUUCACUCCGGCGCGCCGCCCAACGCCUGCGACUACGACAAGCGCUGCGCGCUGCACAUCGCCGGCGCCGAGGGUAACCUGGCUGCGGUCAAGCUGCUGGUGGAGGAGGGCGGCGCGGACCCGGGCUUCCAGGACCGCUGGGGCAACACGGCGCUGGACGAGGCGCGGCGGGUGGGCGCCGCACCCGUGGUGGCGUACCUGGAGGGACUGCUCAAGGCUGACGAAGUUGACGCUGCGGGCAAGCGGCACCGGCAGCAGGUGGCGUCCGACUUCUUGGCCGCCUGCGGGCUGGGCGACGCCGGCCGCGUGCGCUUCAUGGUCGCCAACAGCGCCCCCGGCUGCAUGUUCACUGGCCUGGUGCUGGCGGCUUCCAAGGGCCAUAAGGACGUGGUAGAGGUGCUGGUGGGCUGGGUGGCGCCGGAGGUGCUGCAAAGCGAGGGCUUCAUCCCGCUCACCGAGGCCGGGCGCAUGGGCAGCCCUGGCGUCGUGGCCGUGCUGCGUGCCGCCGGCGUGCGCCUGCCUGACCCCACCGACCCGGCCCUCGCCACCGCUCUACGCAACGCCGUUACCAAGGCUGACAUUCGCGUGGCGGCGGCGCUGUUGGCAGCGGGCGUUGACGCCGCCGCCGCGACGGGACCUGGCGGCGGCAGUCUGCUGCACGCCGCCGCGGUGACCGGCUCGCUGGAGAUGGUGCGGCGCCUAGUGGAGGAGGCGGGCUUGAAGCCGGCACAGGAGGACGGAGCCGGAAGGACGCCGGCGGCGGCCGCGGACGCUGCACGACACAGCGAUGUUGCGGACUACCUGCGCUGGGCGGCAGUCACCGCGGCCAGCCUAGUGUCGCCCACUCCGGCGGCAAGCACAGCAGGAGGCGUGGCGGCACAGCUGGCGGCUGCGGCUGUGAGCCGCUUCGGCGCGUUGCCCGACCUGACCGCAGCCGUCGGCGCAAGUGGUGCCACCACGCCGGGUGGCGAAACCGCGGGUGGCGGCAGCCCGAAGAGGGGCGCCGGUGCAGGCGAUUCAUUCACUGGCGGCAAGAAGCCGCUGCUUUCACGCGUGAACAUUGAUGACGACGAGGGCGAUGACGACGUGCCCCUCCUCAUCGCGCAAAUGCCUGCCAAUGCCAACAGCGGUCACACCUCUUUCAAGUCCGGCGUCAGCGGCGCGGCCGUGUCGGCGGGCCUGGCUGGGUUGGCGGGUUCACGCCUGCAGUCGGCACAGCGCAACCGCAGCCUGUCUCGGAACGCUUCCUCCACACUGCGUGCCUUCACGACCGGCACUCGACUCACCAAUGAGGGCUACGUAAACCCUGGGAGCCGGCCCACAUCCGCCCAGCAACGCAGCGGCACAAGCACGGGCACAGGCACUGCCACUGCCACUGCUGGCGCCGCCACGACUGGAGCCGAGGCGGCCGGACGCCCCAACGCCGCCGCUGUCUCCGUGCUUGGCGGUGCGGAAGCGGCCGCCUCGCUCUCCGUCGCCGCACUGCACUCACAGCACCAAGCGCACGGCACAGCCCAGCGGCCCCUGGCGCUGCCGGUGCUCCUUGAGGACGAGGGCGGCGAGCUGGGCAGUGCGGUGCGCAGCCGCAACAACACUGACAACAUCACGGGUGCGGGAGACACCGGCACCGCACCCGUCGCCGCCAGCACAACCAGUUCCACCGGAGGAGAUGCCGUAGCGGCAGGAGGUGCAACGGCUGCUGCGCCCAGCACAAUCUCGGCACUUCGAAUCGCCGGUGUCGGGUCAGCGCCCGCAGCUGCGCAGCCGGCGCUUGCUGUGCUGCCGCCGGGACUCAGCUUCAGCGGCAGCGGUGCAAGUCGGCCCAAGACCCCGGCGCAGGCCGCGAUGCUACAGCUGGCGGCUGAGACGGACGCAGCGGCGGCGGCACUCGCCGCUGCCUCCACUCGCCGCCCUGUGACCGGCAACAGCAACCAGCCUUUGCCGACUGGCAUUACGGUUCCCAUGCGCUCGCCCCGCGCACCUGCCGCCACUGCGCCUGCGCCACAGGAGAAGCAGGAUGACGACGACCUAGAACAGUUCCUAUCCAAGCCCGCGUUGGCGGCCGGCGGCGUAGCGGCGUCCAUGGACCCCGCACCACCUGUGAUGGCUAUGGACGGGAGGCGUGGGGCUGCUGAUGCUAGUAGCCAGGGCCACGGUCUUGCCAAGGGCCGCACCAGCUCGCUGGAGCAGGAGCUGAACAAGCUUUCGCCGCCGCCGGGUGCGUGACCAGCUACAGGUAGGAGUGAGCGAAGCCUCGUUUAGCUGAGCGUGCUGGACACUGGUGCUGGGAGAAGCACCGUGGCGGUACUGUCAAAAGCCUGCUGCCCGGGCAUUCUUUACUGUAUUUGUGCAAGCGGACGUACGUCAUUACUGCUCUGAUGCAUUCAUGCCAUGUAUGAUUUGGAUGCUGUGUUACUUUGUCUGGCUGAUUCAGUUUAUAUCAUUCCGUCCUUCGUGCUGCGACCGUACCUGGAGUCGGAGUGCUGUGGAGUAUUCCGCGCGUGCAAUGUGUAGUGAUCAUAUUGUAGGUCUGUCCCCACAUCGGGACACGACAAUACGCUGUGCGGGCAAUGCCGCUGCUGAGUCAGGCAGCAAGGCAGGCAGCAUCCAUGUCAAGACUCGAGAGCCAUUGUCGUUUUAGGAAUUGCGUGCGUUGUCGUAUGUAGGCGGAUGCCGUGGGGUGUGGGGUGAGCCGGGGGUUGCAUUAUGUGUAAGUGCAGUAUCAC